AUGGAGGCAAAGGCAAAUUCCCUAAUCACAGAAGAUGAGUUCCGUGUCAUGUUUAACCCUAAGCCAGUACUAGCAACAAUCUACACACUGCCGAAAAUACAUAAGCAGAGGACCCCCAUUCUUGGACAUCCAAUCGUCUCAGGAAAUGAGAAUCUAACUGAGGGGAUUAGCCUUCAUGUGGAUCAAAUCCUUGCUCCCUUCGUAUUGGCUCUAUCCUCUUUUAUCAAGGACAUAGGAGAUGCUGUCAUUCGACUCCAGGAGAUUUCUUUUUCGCCCCACACCCUUAUAGUCAUCCUCGAUGUAGAGGCAUUGUACACAAAUAUAAAACACUAUUUAGGGGUCCUCUGGAGGAGGAAGACAUGCUUACAGAUUAAAGAUGUAACUACUGUAAAUACUAGUGUCACACCUGAAACUUCUGACACUUCAUACACUACUUCAAGCGUUACACCAUCCUGGUCACCAAGUGACUCUACCACUGUGAGUGAUAACAGCACUGUAUCUGCUACAGACAUUGGCACUUCAGUGACAGAAGGUUCAUCCACAAUCUCCUCAGCUUCUGAAGCAUCUUCAGUGACAUCAAGUAAUGGUGAAUCAUCAUCUGCAUCGCCUUCUGUCAGUACAUCAGGUACAUCCACUGAGCUCCCUACCAGUGUGACAUCUGGACCUCCAACUUCCAUUGAAUCUCUUUCCACAACUGAACCUUCUACAGAAUUUGUGUCUUCAGACACCAGAGAAAGUUCUUCCACAAUCUCAUCAAUUUCUGAAACAUCUUCAGUGACAUCAAGUAACCUUGAGUCCUCAUCUGAAUCACCCCCUGUUAGUACUUCAGGCACAUCCACUGAGAGCCCUACCAGUGUGACAUCUGGGUCUCACACUUCCACUGAAUCUCUUUCCACAACUGAACCUUCUACAGCAUUUGUGUCUUCAGACACCACAGAAGGUUCAUCUACAAUCUCCUCAGCCUCAGAAACAUCUUCAGUGACAUCAAGUAACCUUGAGUCCUCAUCUGAAUCACCCCCUGUUAGUACUUCAGGCACAUCCACUGAGAUCCCUACCAGUGUGACAUCUGGGUCUCAUACUUCCACUGAACCUCUUUCCACAACUGAACCUUCUACAGUAUUUGUGUCUUCAGACACCACAGAAGGUUCAUCUACAAUCUCAUCAGCCUCAGAAACAGCUUCAGUGACAUCAAGUAACUUUGAAUCAUCAUCUGUACCACCCUCUGUUAGUACUUCAGGUACAUCCACUGAGUUCCCAUCCAGUGUUAGAUCUGAUUCUCCAACUGCCACUGAAUCUUUUUCCGCAACUUCUACAGAAUUUGUGUCUUCAUCCACCAAAGAAGGUUCAACCUCAAUAUCUUUAUCUUCGGAAACAUCUUCAGUGACAUCAAGUAACCUUGAAUCAUCAUCUGAAUCACCCUCUGUUAGUACCUCAGGCACAUCCACUGACAUUCUCACCAGUGGGACAUCUGGGCCUCCAACUUCCACUGAACCUCUUUCCCUGACUGCAUCUUCUACAGCAUUUGACUCUUCAGCCACCAUAGAAAGUUCAUCCUCAAUCUCAUCAACUUCAGAAACAUCUUCAGCGACAUCAAGUAACUUUCAAUCCUCUGUACCACCCUCUGUUAGUACCUCAGGCACAUCCACUGAUAUCCCUACCAGUGUGACAUCUGAUUCUCCAACUUCUGCUGAAUCAUUUUCCACAACUGAAUAUUCUACAGAAUUUGUGUCUUCAUCCAGCACAGAAAGUUCAACCUCAAUCUCUUUAACCUCUGAAACAUCUUCAGUGACAUCAAGUAACCUUGAAUCUUCAUCUGUACCACCCUCUGUCAGUACUUCAGGUACAUCCAUCGAGUUCCCUACUAGUGUGUCAUCUGGGCCUCCAACUUCCACUGAAUCUCUUUCCACAAAUGAACCUUCUACAGAAUUUUUGUCUUCAUCCACCACAGAAGGUUCAUCCUCAAUCUCUUUAACUUCGGAAACAUCUUCGGUGACAUCCAGAAGCUUUGAAUCAACAUCAGAAUCAUCUUCUGGUAGUACCUUAGGCACAUCCACUGACAUUCUUAGUAGUAUGACAUCUGGGCCUCUAAUUUACACUGAAUCUUAUUCUACAAUUGCACCUUCUACAGCUUUUGAUUCUUCAGUCACCACAGAAAGUUCACCCACAAUCUUAUCAACCUCUGAAACAUCUUCAGUGACAUCCAGUAAUUUUGAAUCGUCAUCUGUAUCACCAUCUGUUAGUACUUUAGAGGUAUCUUCUGAAUUCCCUACCAGUGUGACAUCUGCUUCUCCAACUGCUACUGAAUCUUUCCCCACAACUGAACCUUCUACAGAAUUUAUGUCUUCAUUCACCACAGAAGGUUUAUCCACAAUCUUAUUUACUUCUGAAACAUCUUCAGCGACAUCAAGUAACUUGGAAAUAUCAUCAUCACCUUCUGUAAUUACCUCCGGCACAUCCACAGACAUUCUUACCAGUGUGACAUCUGGGCCUCCAACUUCCACUGAAUCUCUUUCCACAACUGAACCUUCUACAGCAUUUGUGUCUUCAGCCACCACAGAAGGUUCAUCCACAAUCUCAUCAAUUUCUGAAACAUCUUCAGUGACAUCAAGUAAUGUUGAGUCAUCAUCAGAAUCACCCUCUGUUAGUACCUCAGCCACAUCCACUGAUAUUCCUACCAGUGGGACAGCUGAGUCUCAAACGUCCACUGAACCUCUUUCCCUGACUGCAUCUUCUACAGCGUUUGUAUCUUCAGCCACCACAGAAAGUUCAUCCUCAUUCUCAUCAACUUCUGAAACAUCUUCAGUGACAUCAAGUAACAUUGAAUCAUCGUCUGUACCACCAUCUGAUAGUACCUCAGGCAUAUCCACUGAGAGCCCAACCAGUGUGUCAUCUGCUUCUCCAAUUUCAGCUGAAUCUCUUUCCACAACUGAACCUUCUACAGCAUUUGUGUCUUCAGCCACCACAGAAAGUUCUUCCACAAUCUCAUCAACUUCUGAAACAUCCACAGUGACAUCAAGUAACAUUGAAUCAUCAUCUGUACCACCUUCUGUUAGUACCUCAGGUGCAUCCACUGAGUUUCCUACCAGUGUGACAUCUGGGCCUCCAACUUCCAUUGAAUCUCUUUCCACAACUGAACCUUCUACAACAUUCGUGUCUUCAGCCAUCACAGAAAGUUCAUCCACAAUCUCAUCAACCUCUGAAACUUCUUCAGUGACAUCAAGUAAUGUUGAAUCAUCAUCAGAAUCACCCUCUGUUAGUACCUCAGCCGCAUCCACUGAUAUUCUUACCAGUGUGACAGCUGAGUCUCAAACGUCCACUGAACCUCUUUCCCUGAUUGCAUCAUCUACAGCGUUUGUAUCUUCAUCCACCACAGAAAGUUCUUCCACAAUCUCAACUUCUGAAACAUCCUCAGUAACAUCAAGUAACUUUGAAUCAUCAUCUGUACGACCAUCGAUUAGUACCUCAGGUACAUCCACUGAGUUUCCUACCAGUGUGACAUCUGGGCCUCCGACUUCCAUUGAAUCUCUUUCCACAACUGAACCUUCUACAGCAUUUGUGUCUUCAUCCAUCACAGAAAGUUCUUCCUUAAUCUUAUCAACUUCUGAAACAUUGUCAGUGACAUCAAGUAACUUUGAAUCAUCAUCUGUACGACCAUCUAUUAGUACCUCAGGUGCAUACACUGAGAUCCCUACCAGUGUGACAUCUGGGCCUCCAACUUCCAUUGAAUCUCUUUCCAGAACUGAACCUUCUACAACAUUCGUGUCUUCAGCCAUCACAGAAAGUUCAUCCACAAUCUCAUCAACCUCUGAAACUUCUUCAGUGACAUCAAGUAAUGUUGAAUCAUCAUCAGAAUCACCCUCUGUUAGUACCUCAGCCACAUCCACUGAUAUUCUUACCAGUGUGACAGCUGAGUCUCAAACGUCCACUGAACCUCUUUCCCUGACUGCAUCUUCUACAGCGUUUGUAUCUUCAUCCACCACAGAAAGUUCUUCCACAAUCUCAACUUUUGAAACAUCCUCAGUAACAGCAAGUAACUUUGAAUCAUCAUCUGUACGACCAUCGAUUAGUACCUCAGGUACAUCCAAUGUGAUCCCUACCAGUGUGACAUCUGGGCCUCCAACUUCCACUGAAUCUCUUUCCACAACUGAACCUUCUACAGCAUUUGUAUCUUCAGCCACCACAGAAAGUUCAUCCUCAAUCUCAUUAACUUCUGAAAUAUCUUCAGUGACAUCAAAUAACAUUGAAUCAUCAUCUAUACCACCAUCUGAUAGUACCUCAGGCAUAUCCACUGAGAUCCCUACCAGUGUGUCAUCUGCUUCUCCAACUUCCGCUGAAUCUCUUUCCACAACUGAACCUUCUACAGAAUUUGUGUCUUUAUCCACCACAGAAAGUUCUUCCACAAUAUUAUCAACUUCUGAAACAUCUUCAGUGACAUCAAGUAACUUUGAAUCAUCAUCUGUAGCACCAUCUGUUAGUACCUCAGGCGCAUCCACUGUGUUCCCUACCAGUGUGACAUCUGGGCCUCCAACUUCCAUUGAAUUUCUUUCCACAACUGAACCUUCUACAGCAUUCGUGUCUUCAGCCACCAUAGAAAGUUCAUCCACAAUCUCACCAACCUCUGAAACUUCUUCAUUGACAUCAAGUAAUGUUGAAUCAUCAUCAGAAUCCCCCUCUGUUAGUACCUCAGCCACAUCCACUGAUAUUCUUACCAGUGUGACAGCUGAGUCUCAAACAUCCACUGAACCUCUUUCCCUUACUGCAUCUUCUACAGCGUUUGUAUCUUCAACCACGAUAGAAAGUUCAUCCUCAGUCUCAUCAACUUCUGAAACAUCUUCAGUGACAUCAAGUAACAUUGAAUCAUCAUCUGUAUCACCUUCUGUUAGUACCUCAGGCGCAUCCACUGAGAUUCCUACCAGUGUGACAUCUGGGCCUCCAACUUCCGCUGAAUCUCUUUCCACAACUGAACCUUCUACAGAAUUUGUGUCUUCAUCCACCACAGACAGUUCUUCCACAAUCUCAUCAACUUCUGAAACCUCUUCAGUGACAUCAAGUAACUUUGAAUCAUCAUCUGUAUCGCCUUCUGUUAGUACUUCAGGUACAUCCAAUGAGAUUCCUACCAGUGUGACAUCUGGGCCUCCGACUUCCACUGAAUCUCCUUCCACAACUGAACCUUCUACAGCAUUAGUGUCUUCAGCCACCAUAGAAGGUUUAUCCACAAUCUCAUCAACCUCUGAAACAUCUUCAAUGACAUCAAGUAAUGUGGAAUCAUCAUCAGAAUCCCCCUCUGUUAGUGCCUCAGCCACAUCCACUGAUAUUCUUACCAGUGUGACAGCUGAGUCUCAAACAUCCACUGAACCUCUUUCCCUGACUGCAUCUUCUACAGCGUUUGUAUCUUCAUCCACCACAGAAAGUUCAUCCUCAAUCUCAUCAAUUUCUGAAACAUCUUCAGUGACAUCAAGUAACAUUGAAUCAUCAUCUGUAUCACCUUCUGUUAGUACCUCAGGCACAUCCACUGAGAUUCCUACUAGUGUGUCAUCUGCUUCUUCAACUUCCGCUGAAUCUCUUUCCACAACUGAACCUUCUUCAGCAUUUGUGUCUUCAUCCACAACAGAAAGUUCUUCCAUAAUCUUGUCAACUUCAGAAACAUCGUCAGUGACAUCAAGUAACUUUGAAUCAUCAUCUGUACGACCAUCUGAUAGUACCUCAGGCGCAUCCACUGAGUUCCCUACCAGUGUGACAUCUGGGCCUCCAACUUCCAUUGAAUCUCUUUCCACAACUGAACCUUCUACAGCAUUCGUGUCUUCAGCCACCAUAGAAAGUUCAUCCACAAUCUCAUCAACCUCUGAAACUUCUUCAGUGACAUCAAGUAAUGUUGAAUCAUCAUCAGAAUCACCCUCUGUUAGUACCACAGCCACAUCCACUGAUAUUCUUACCAGUGUGGCAGCUGGGUCUCAAACGUCCACUGAACCUCUUUCCUUGACUACAUCUUCUACAGCAUUUGUAUCUUCAUCCACCACAGAAAGUUCUUCCACAAUCUAUUCAAAUUCUGAAACAUCCUCAGUAACAUCAAGUAACAUUGAAUCAUCUGUAACAACUUCUGUUAGUACCUCAGGUACAUCCACUGAGUUCCCUACCAGUGCGACAUCUCUGCUUCCAACUUCCGCUGAAUCUCUUUCCACAUCUGAACCUUCUACAGCAUUUGUGUCUUCAGCCACCACAGAAGGUUCUUCCACAAUCUCAUCAACUUUUGAAACAUCCACAGUGACAUCAAGUAACUUUGAAUCAUCAUCUGUACCACCUUCUGUUAGUACCUCAGGCGCAUCCACUGAGAUCCCUACCAGUGUGACAUCUGGGCCUCCAACUUCCACUGAAUCUCUUUCCACAACUGAACCUUCUACAGCAUUAGUGUCUUCAGCCACCACAGAAAGUUCAUCCACAAUAUCAUCAACUUCUGAAAAAUCUUCAAUGACAUCAAGUAAUGUGGAAUCAUCAUCAGAAUCCGCCUCUGUUAGUGCCUCAGGCACAUCCACUGAUAUUCUUACCAGUGUGACAGCUGAGUCUCAAACAUCCACUGAACCUCUUUCCCUGACUACAUCUUCUACAGCGUUUGUAUCUUCAGCCACCACAGAAAGUUCUUCCUCAAUCUCAUCAACUUCUGAAACCUCUUCAGCGACAUCAAAUAACAAUGAAUCAUCAUCUGUACCACCAUCUGAUAGUACCUCAGGCGCAUCCACUGAGAUCCCUUCCAGUGUGCCAUCUGCUUCUCCAACUUCCGCUGAAUCUCUUUCCACAACUGAACCUUCUACAGCAUUUGUGUCUUUAUCCACCACAGAAAGUUCAUCCACAAUCUCAUCAACCUCUGAAACUUCUUCAGUGACAUCAAGUAAGGUUGAAUCAUCAUCAGAAUCACCCUCUGUUAGUACCUCAGCCACAUCCACUGAUAUUCCUACCAGUGUGACAGCUGAGUCUCAAACGUCCACUGAACCUCUUUCCCUGACAACAUCUUCUACAGCAUUUGUAUCUUCAUCCACCACAGAAAGUUCUUCCACAAUCUCAUCAACUUCUGAAACAUCCUCAAUAACAUCAAGUAACAUUGAAUCAUCAUCUGUACCACCUUCUGUUAGUACCUCAGGUACAACCACUGAGUUCCCUACCAGUGCGACAUCUCGGCCUCCAACUUCCUCUGAAUCUCUUUCCACAUCUGAACCUUCUACAGCAUUUGUGUCUUCAGCCACCACAGAAAGUUCUUCCACAAUCUCAUCAACUUCUGAAACACCCACAGUGACAUCAAGUAACAUUGAAUCAUCAUCUGUACCACCUUCUGUUAGUACCUCAGGUGCAUCCACUGAGUUUCCUACCAGUGUGACAUCUGGGCCUCCAACUUCCAUUGAAUCUCUUUCCACAACUGAACCUUCUACAACAUUCGUGUCUUCAGCCAUCACAGAAAGUUCAUCCACAAUCCCAUCAAGCUCUGAAACUUCUUCAGUGACAUCAAGUAAUGUUGAAUCAUCAUCAGAAUCCCCCUCUGUUAGUACCUCAGCCACAUCCACUGAUAUUCUUACCAGUGGGACAGCUGAGUCUCAAACGUCCACUGAACCUCUUUCCCUGAUUGUAUCAUCUACAGCGUUUGUAUCUUCAUCCACCACAGAAAGUUCUUCCACAAUCUCAACUUCUGAAACAUCCUCAGUAACAUCAAGUAACUUUGAAUCAUCAUCUGUACCACCUUCUGUUAGUACCUCAGGUACAACCACUGAGUUCCCUACCAGUGCGACAUCUCGGCCUCCAACUUCCUCUGAAUCUCUUUCCACAUCUGAACCUUCUACAGCAUUUGUGUCUUCUGCCACCACAGAAGGUUCUUCCACAAUCUCAUCAACUUCUGAAACAUCCACAGUGACAUCAAGUAACUUUGAAUCAUCAUCUGUACCACCAUCUGUUAGUACCUCAGGCGCAUCCACUGAGAUCCCUACCAGUGUGACAUCUGGGCCUACAACUUCCAUUGAAUCUGUUUCCACAACUGAACUUUCUACAGCAUUAGUGUCUUCAGCCACCACAGAAAGUUCAUCCAUAAUCUCAUCAACCUCUGAAUCUUCUUCAGUGUCAUCAAGUAAUGUUGAAUCAUCAUCAGAAUCACCCUCUGUUAGUACCUCAGCCACAUCCACUGAUAUUCUUACCAGUGUGACAGCUGAGUCUCAAACGUCCACUGAACCUCUUUCCCUGACUGCAUCUUCUACAGCGUUUGUAUCUUCAACCACAAUAGAAAGUUCAUCCUCAGUCUCAUCAACUUCUGAAACAUCUUCAGUGACAUCAAGUAACAUUGAAUCAUCAUCUGUAUCACCUUCUGUUAGUACCUCAGGCGCAUCCACUGAGAUUUCUACCAGUGUGACAUCUGGGCCUCCAACUUCCACUGAAUCUCUUUCCACAACUGAACCUUCUACAGCGUUUGUAUCUUCAGCCACCACAGAAAGUUCAUCCACAAUCUCAUCAACCUCUGAAACAUCUUCAAUGACAUCAAAUAACAUUGAAUCAUCAUCUGUACCACCUUCUGUUAGUACCUCAGGCACAUCCACUGAGAUCCCUACCAGUGUGUCAUCUGCUUCUCCAACUCCCGCUGAAUCUCUUUCCACAACUGAACCUUCUUCAGCAUUUGUGUAUUCAGACACCACAGAAAGUUCUUCCACAAACUCAUCAACUUCUGAAACAUCUUCAGUGACAUCAAGUAACUUUGAAUCAUCAUCUGUAUCGCCUUCUGUUAGUACCUCAGGCACAUCCACUGAGUUCCCUACCAGUGUGACAUCUGCUUCUCCAACUUCUACUGAAUCUCUUUCCCUGACUGCUUCUACUACAGCGUUUGUAUCUUCAGCCACCACAGAAAGUUCAUUCUCAAUCUCAUUAACUUCUGAAACAUCUUCAGUGACAUCAAGUAAUGUGGAAUCAUCAUCUGUAUCGCCUUCUGUUAGUACUUCAGGUACAUCCAGUGAGAUCCCUACCAGUGCGACAUCUGGGCUUCCAACUUCCAUUGAAUCUCUUUCCACAACUGAACCUUCUACAGCAUUUGUGUCUUCAGCCACCACAGAAGGUUCAUCCACAAUCUCAUCAACCUUUGAAAUAUCUUUAUUGACAUCAAAUAAUGUUGAAUCAUCAUCAGAAUCACCCUUUGUUAGUGCCUCAGCCACAUCCACUGAUAUUCCUACCAGUGUGACAUCUGGAUCUCCAAUAUCCACUGAAUCUCUUUCCCCGACUGCAUCUUCUACAGCGUUUGUAUCUUCAGCUACUACAGAAAGUUCAUCCACAUUCUCAUCAACUGCGGAAAUGUCUUCAGUGACAUCAAGUAACAUUGAAUCAUCAUCUGUACCACCAUCUGUUAGUACCUCAGGCACAUCCACUGAUAUCCCUACCAGUGUGUCAUCUGCUUCUCCAACUUCCGCUGAAUCUCUUUCCACAACGGAACCUUCUACAGCUUUUGUAUCUUCAGCCACCACAGAAAGUUCUUCCACAAUCUCAUCAACUUCUGAAACAUCCUCAGUGACAUCAAGUAACUUUGAAUCAUCAUCUGUACCACCUUCUGUUAGUACCUCAGGCACAUCCACUGAGAUCCCUACCGGUGUGACAUCUGGGCCUCCAACUUCCACUGAAUCUCUUUCCACAAUUGAACCUUCUACAGCAUUAGUGUCUUCAGCCACCACAGAAGGUUCAUCCACAAUCUUAUCAACCUCUGAAAAAUCUUCAAUGACAUCAAGUAAUGUGGAAUCAUCAACAGAAUCACCCUCUGUUAGUACCUCAGCCACAUCCACUGAUAUUCUUACCAGUGUGGCAGCUGAGUCUCAAACAUCCACUGAACCUCUUUCCCUGACUGCAUCAUCUACAGCAUUUGUAUCUUCAUCCACCACAGAAAGUUCUUCCACAAUCUCAUCAACUUCUGAAACAUCUUCAGUGACAUCAAAUAACAAUGAAUCAUCAUCUGUACCACCAUCUGAUAGUACCUCAGGCGCAUCCACUGAGAUCCCUUCCAGUGUGCCAUCUGCUUCUCCAACUUCCAUUGAAUCUCUUUCCACAACUGAACCUUCUACAGCAUUUGUGUCUUUAUCCACCACAGAAAGUUCAUCCACAAUCUCAUCAACCUCUGAAACUUCUUCAGUGACAUCAAUGUGA